GGAGCGGAGCGGAGGGAGAGGAGCGGAGGGAGCGGCGGAGCCCCCGCCCCGGCGGAGCACGGCGCGCUGGGCUGCGGAUGGAGGGCAGCCGCUCUUCUCCCCGCUACGGAUCCAUGGAAUCCACCCGCUGGCCGCCGGCCGGCGCGGGGCCAGGGGACGAGGUCGUGUCCAUGGCCGACUCCAGCGCCACCAUGGACGACAUCGAGGGAGAGCUCUUCAGGAUCGAGCGCAUCCGGGAGAUCCUGGUGCGCCGGGAGUCGGAGCUGCGCUACAUGAUGGACGACAUCCAACUGUGCAAGGAAAUCAGCCGGCUGAAAACAGAGCUCCAGAAACUCCUGGCCCUGCCGGAGAACCAGAAAUCCAACGAGGAGAAGCAGAGGGAAGAGGAGCUGGUGCAGCAGAUCCACAAGCUGGUGGAGACGCGGGAUUUCCUGGUGGAUGACGUGGAGUUUGAGAGGCUCAGGGAAAGGGAAGAAGACAAGGAGAUGGCCGAGUUCCUGCAGAGCAAGCUCUCCAAAAGCUGCCUCCAGAGAGCAACUCCUGCCCGAGAGAAGAAGAUGACAUCGAGGGGACAGCAAACCUCAGCCCCCUACGUGACCAAGACGGGCCUGACCCUGCUCAGGGAGUGCUGUGGCUUCACCUGCUCCAUCAUGUAGGGCUCUGCCAGCGCCUGGCAUAGGACAUGGCCAUGGUGUGCAGGCAGAGCCUGCUCCCUGCUCUGUCCCGGGAUCCAUCAGUGCCCACGGCUCCCCUGCAGCAGCAGCAGCAGCCCCGGGCUGGCUGGGCAGCUCUGGCUGCUGGCACAGCUCUGCUGGCCCCACGUCCUCCACAGCAGCACAGACACCGUGUCCCACCCCGGCCUGGGAGCUGGGACAGAGCAGGGAGCCCACGGAACGGGACAGGGCACCCACACCUGGGCUGAGGGAUAAAAACCACCUGGAGCUGCUGCUUGAGAGCAUCCUGCUGCACCCUGGCAGUGCCACGGGGAGCUUCCAGCCUGGAGCCGAUCCCAUCCUGGAGCUGAUCCCAUCCUGGGGCUGAUCCUGUCCUGGAGCUGAUUUAAUCCUGGAUCUGAUCCUGUCCUGGAGCUGAUCCUGUCCUGGAGCUGAUCCCAUCCUGGAGCCGAUCCCGUCCUGGAGCUGAUCCCAUCCUGGAGCUGAUCC